GCUUUUGAAAGUCAGAGAGUCUGAGGAUCAGAGAGAGCCAAUCCGAGCGCAGCACGAGCCCGAGGAGCAGCACUGAGGAGAACCAUGGCAAACGCUUAUCUUCAGGGAGUGGAGAUCUCUGCCUCUCAGUUCCUGGAUAUCUUUCAUCAUUAUGACAACGACGGUAAUGGAUAUAUCGAGGGCAAGGAGUUACAGAACUUUAUUAAGGAGCUUCAGCAAGCUAGGAAACAGGCUGGUCUGGAACUGACAGACCAAAUGAGGGCCUUUGUGGAAGAAUAUGAGAAAAAUGCGGAUGGAAAAAUAGAUAUCGUAGAGCUGGUACAAAUCCUACCCACAGAGGAGAAUUUCUUGCUAUUUUUCCGCCAGCAGCUGAAGUCCUGUACAGAAUUUAUGGAGGCCUGGAGAACUUACGAUGCUGAUCACAGUGGGUACAUCGAAUCCGAUGAGCUUAAGAAUUUUUUGAGAGACCUGCUCCAGAGGGCAAAGAAACCUUUUGAUGAGAAGAAGUUAGAGGAAUACACAUUAACCACGCUGAAAAUUUUCGAUUCAAAUAACGAUGGGAAAUUAUGUCUGUCAGAAAUGGCAAGGCUACUGCCAGACGACGAGAACUUUCUACUGAAAUUUGAGGGGGUAAAGAUGGCCAGGAAAGAAUUCAACAAGAUCUUUGAGUUAUACGACAAGGACAGGAACGGCUACAUGGACGAGAAUGAGCUGGACGCCCUGCUGAAAGACCUGUGUGAGAAAAACAAAAAGGUUCUAGAAAUCGGUAAAAUCCAGGUAUAUAAGAAGGCCAUCAUGGCUCUGUCUGACGGCGGGAAGCUCUACAGAACGGAGUUGGCGCUGGUGUUGUGUGAAGAAAUGUGAGACUUGUUGGGCAGCAGACUUCUCUCUAAACCCUCCACCAUCCUACUCCAUGCCCAUAACACCGCCAGCACAGCUCUCUGCUCACUCGCCCCAUGUGUGAAGAUAGCUAGACACACUGGAUGUAUUUCUGUUCUUUCCGUUGGGGAAUCAUGUAAUCUACAGGCCGAGCGUACGCAGGUACAUAGUCCGGAGACCGGUGGCACAUACUUUUCAACCUGUUGUUUCUAUACAGUUUCUAAAUGUACAGCUUUUGUAAAGAUGAGACUGAUGUAACAUUUAAAAGGACCCGAAACCCUGUACAAUACUACUAUAAUACAUAUAUUAAAACAUGACCCCAUCCAUGGCAGAGAUGAGACCCCCCCCCCCCCCCAAAACCCAGAGUACUGGAAAUCCAUCUGUAUUAUCUGUAGUCCAAUCGUAUGCCAACACAGAACAAUGGAAUGACUUCACAGUAAAAAAAAAAAAAGAUCUACCUAUCUAUAAUGUUGUAGCAGAAGCAAUAAAGUGUUAGCUGGAAUGUGGAUGGUCUUCAUGUGAUGUGAGAUGAAACUGUGAAAUAGGAAAAUACCUGUGUGUAAUCUCCAGUAGGCUAAAUUUAUGUUUGCAGUGCAUGUUUGCAACUGAAGGCACACCCCGCAGUGAGGCAUUAAUGACUCUAUAAGCACACACCCCCCCCCAAUCUAUAUCUUCCUGAACUGCAUCGCCCCGGCCCACCCUUUAAACUCCUAUCAACAUGUUUGCACUGUAAAGAAUGACAUGCGCCUCUAUGCCAACCACCAGAGACACUGUGUAACAGGAUACUAUAACUUAUUAAAGCGCUAACUGAACUCA